AUCGAUCAUUAUUUUACCGGUUGGCGCUCUGACCAGAUCUCAUCUAACUACAGAAAUCGUAACAUAUUGUUUUUAUAUUAAAAAAUGUAUUUAUUUGUGUAUGCGCAUUUAAGUGUUUAAACUAUCAAAUAACAAAUAUGCAAUUUUAAAUUUUGUCACAUAUUUUGAAAUACCUUUUAAAAUAUGGAUAUCAAAUUUAUUUUAUUUUUACCAUUAUGCAUUACGGCAGUUGAAUCAUUAUACAAAAUUGGAGUUGGCAUUGCCGAUAUUACUGGACCACCAACCGGUAUAACGUUUAUGGGAUAUGGCAAAAUGGAUCAAAUAGGAGUGGGAAUUCAUUUACGACAGUUUUCUAGAGCUUUUGUAGUUGAAGAUGGAAGUUCAAGAUUAGUUUUUGUUAGUGUCGACGCAGCCAUGGUUGGGGACAAUGUUAAAAUGGAGGUAUUAAAGUAUCUUAAAGGGAAGAUGUCAGAAUUGUAUGACGAAGACAAUUUAAUGAUUUCGUCAACACAUACACAUUCCACACCGGGUGGUUAUAUGUUGUACACGCUAUUUGAUCUCAGCACCCGGGGUUACGUAUCACUAACAUUCAUAUCACUAGUAAAAGGGAUUGCAUUGAGUAUUAUGAGGGCUCAUGAUAAAAUGGAAUACGGUCGAAUGUUUUUAAGUAGAGGUGAACUUCUUGGUGUAUCAAUUAAUAGAAGUCCACAAUCAUAUUUAUUAAAUCCAGAAAACGAACGUGCAGAGUAUGAGUAUGAUGUUGAUAAGACUAUGGUACAAGUUAAAUUUGAAAAUGAGUUCGGCACACCUAUGGGAGUUAUUAAUUGGUAUGCUGUACAUGCCACUAGCAUGAAUAACACGAACAAAUUAGUAUCAUCGGAUAAUCUAGGGUACGCUUCUGUGAUGUUUGAGCAGAAAAUGAAUCCAGAUAAUUUAAUAGGAAAAGGUCACUUUGUUGCUGCUUUUGCUUCAGCAAAUGAAGGCGAUUCUUCGCCCAAUAUAAAAGGUCCUAGAUGUCAAAUAACUGGAAAUCCUUGUGAUAUACCUGGGCCAUCUUGUGAGUCAGGCGAACAAUGUGUUGCAUCGGGACCUGGUAAAGAUAUGAAAGAAAGUACUAAAAUUAUAGCUGAACGUUUAUUUGAAAAGGCUUUUGAAUUGAUGAAAAACAAACCUGAGAUUGAAAUAACGGGACCAAUUAAAUCAAUUCAUCAAUACGUUGAUAUGACAAAAGAAGAAGUUGAGUAUACUGACCUGAAUACAGGAGAACUCAUACAAGGUAGAGGUUGUAAACCANCUAAUACAGGAGAACUUAUACAAGGUAGAGGUUGUAAACCAGCUUUAGGCCAUACAUUUUCAUCAGGUACAACUGAUGGACCUGGAUUGUUUUCUUUUGAAGCUGGUUCAAAUAGUUCAAACAACCCACUUUGGAAUUUAGUCAGUAAUGUUAUACCUAAUCCAAGUAAAGAACAAAUCGAGUGUCAUACUAAUAAAUCAAUCACGUUAACAACUGGAGAGUUUAAUUACCCCAACCCAUGGUCUCCAAACAUAGUAUCAACUCAGUUGGCCAUGAUUGGACCACUGAUUAUAAUUUGUGUUCCUGGUGAAUUUACCACUAUGUCGGGAAGACGACUCAGGAAAGUGGUUGCUAAAGAGAUGUGUAAUGGACGUGUAUUGUGUAUUCCAGUAAUUGCUGGUCUUUGUAACACUUAUAGUGAUUAUGUUACUACUCCAGAAGAAUAUAAAUUGCAACGUUAUGAAGGUGCUUCUACAAUAUACGGUCCACAUACAUUGCCUAUUUAUAUUAAGCAAUAUGCAAAACUUGCCUAUGCAUUAUCGAAUGAUAUAAUGCUGAAACGAGGCCCUGAAGCACCAAAUUUCACAUCCGAAACGAUUACAUUAUUAACGCCAAUUUUAUAUGAUACUCCACUAUCUGGAUAUAAUUUUGGCGAUUGUAUACUUCAACCACCGUAUAUCGCUUUUUUGGGUGAUACUGUAAUUGCUAAAUUUGUUGCCGGUAAUCCAAGAAACAACCCAAUGUUGGAAAUGACAUUUUUGACGAUUGAGUGUUUAGAGUCAGAUUUGAAGUGGAAAAUAGUUGCUACAGAUGCUAAUUGGGAAACCGAGUUUACUUGGGAAACAAAAUCUUGGUUUUGGGCAACAAGUGUAGCCGAAAUUAAAUGGAUUAUACCAAUCAGUACAAAACCAGGUACUUACAGGAUACGACAUUUUGGAUAUUUUAAGUAUUUUGGUGGUAAUAGAUUAGGAAGAUAUUAUGGAACUUCAGAAGCAUUUACUGUCACAACAAAAUAAAGCAAUAUUAUAAAUAUAUAUACUAAAUAAGAUUUUUAUAUUGAAUAAAAUAACAAUUUUUGUUCCUGAAUUACAUAACUGGGUACUUAAAAACAUCAAUAUUUCAUUGUUUUUAAAUUAGUGUUUCUUAAAUAUUAAAUAUUCGUUAAGCCAAAUUAACUUAGAUUAUUAAUA